AUGGACAAGAUCAAAGGUGUCAUCACUGGCCAAAAGGCCGCCACUCCUGAAUCCACCACUUCCUCUAAGUCCUUCACCCUCCUCCGUAAGUCUGUUGAUGAGUUGAGCAAAACAAGAAAGGUAGGGACUUUUAAGCAGUACAUUGUGGGCCGAAGCAAUGAAGUGACAUUUGCCGAUGCCUUUGAGAAGCUGGAGGCCAUUAUUAGGUAUCUUGGAGGUUUUGAUCCUACUGGAGAGAAUCUGCAAACUACUCAUAAGCAAGAAGCAGCAAAGCAUUGUAAUUGCACAAUAGUUGAUGUUGAGAAUUCCUUGGCAAAAUUUACAUGGGCUAAAGAAGCUCAAAAGAAAAUCGAGAAGUUGAAAGGAGAGGGGAAGCCAAUGCCAAAGAGCAUGGCUGAGGAUGCUUUACACAUCGACAUUCUUGAAAGAGUUCAAAAUUUUGUUUCAAAAUCUAGAGAUAGCCGCACACCAUAA